GAUCGAACCUGCAUCCUCGUGGAUGCUAGUCAGCUUUGUUUCUGCUGAGCUGCGACGGGAACUGCUUUUUUAACUUGCACAUGACUUUACCAUCAGAGAGUAAAAGCAGAAGAAAGUGGAAGAUGAGAGAGUGCAGCAGAAGGCUUAAACUGGUCUCUGCCCAGAAUGAGAGAGUGAGCUGACAGGAGGAACAUAAUGGAUUAUUCUGUAGCGUUGGGGGCUCAGAAGAGCUUGCUGAACAGAAUUCCCUUUGGCCUGGUCUGUCUGAGAAGCGUUCUCACAUCGAAGAAUCAUCGGCGUGUACAUUGUCAUGUCAGUUUCGGGUGUGCGGCGCAGGGAGCUGACGUGUCCAUACAUUCUGAGAUGAUCACGGCAGUGAGUCUGGCUACCACCCACCACCAUUUAAAGUUGUUGCUAUGUCACAGGCUGUAUUCCUGGUUCUGUGUAUCACAUCCCCGUAACUUACUUAUUUUAUAACUGGGAAAACCCUGCUCCUUAAAGGCCUUACUUACACUUUAAGCCCUGAUGUGACAGGGACCCUUCCCUGCACUGCCCACAAAGGCUCCUUAUCUGCACCCUUGCUGGACCCUUUUUCACCGUUAUGUCCACAGCACUUGGUAGACACACAGCUCACACAAAGCAGUUCUGUCACAUGCUUUUUAGCUACCAGGCUCUGUCUACGCAUCUUUUAUACCAACUCAUGUAAUUCUCACAGCAGCCCUGUAAGGUAGGUCCUAUUCUUAUUUUCAAUUAAAACCCACACACCUGCAGUAAAGUAUCCCACCACUGCCAAGUGAUGGAGUCAGGGUUUCAGUCCGGGCAGUCUGACUUUCAGGGUCUGUCCUCUUUCUCACUAGUGAAGAUUGCUGUACCUUCAUGCUUUUGCUCCACGAGUAUCUUCUGAUUAUCUGCUCGUGGUGCCUAGCACUAGGAUGGAGCAGAGGGCAGUCGGAAUCUGCCCAUGGAGGAGCUUACACUUGCCGUCAGGGGAAACCGCCCAUGAGAAGUGAAGUAAGCACUGCUAUGGGAUGGUACUGAGUGCUGUGGAGAAAACUAAGACAGUGUAAGGAGGCAGGUGGUUGCUUUUUUAUGCCAACUUGUUGGAGAAGGUCUUACCGAUGAGGUGUCUUAAGCAGAGACUUGAAAUGAGGGCAUGAGCCUCGUGGAUGUCAGGAGAAAGAGUGCACUGUGGUGUCAGCCUCCAGUUCCCCAGGCUCCCCUGUCCCCUUCUUGCUUUGCUGGCAGAACCCCUGGCUUUCACCUGGGCAGACGGUCACUGAAGGUAAAGAUCAGAUUUCUCAGCUUUCCUUGCAGCCAAGUGUGUCCGCGAGUUGAGCGAUGUGGACGUUGCCAAGCUGUGCCCUUCAGGGUAAGGGUGUGCCUUCUCCUGCCCUUUCCCCAUCUCACCGCUUGGGCUGGGGCCCAGCGCACAUGGUGGUGAGCGCUCCUGGACCGCGAGGACAAGGAUCACUUCCUUGGAGAAGGCAAAACGACUCAGAGGCGGCCGUGUUAGCCCGGAGUACUUAGUAACGUGGGAGGAAAAAUAAGCUGCUCACAUGUUUAAGCUCUGGUCUUGGGGGUCUUUUUGUUACUAUAGCAUGUGGGUAGUAGAAUCUUACAUGGGGCCCAAGAGUUCUUGUCGCCUGGGUACACACCUGUAUAAUCCUAGGACUGUGACUAGGGCAGAUUUUACUUGUGAUUAGCUGGCGUAAUGCAGCGUAAGAAGGGGAGGUUAUCGGGGUGGGCCUGGCCGCAUGAACUUUUUUUUUAACUUUUUAUAUAAUGAUUUUUUUCCCCAUUAUAGCUGGUUUACGGUGUUCUGUCGAUUUUCUACUGUACAGCGGGGUGGCCCCGUUGCACACCCGUGUAUACAUUCUUUUUCUCACAUCAUUCUCCAUCAUAAGUGACCAUACAUAGUUACCGCACGUGAACUUUUUAAAAGCCGAGCAUUUUCUCUGAUUGCAGAGAAUGUCAGAAAGAUUUGAAGCGUGGGAAGGGUUUGAGGCACUGUUGCUGGUUUGAAGGUGAAGGGCCACAUGGCAAGGAAAAGGGGUGGCCUCCUGGACCUGAGAGUGGCCCCUGACGGAUGUCCAGGAGGAAACAGGGACCUCAGUCCCAUACCUGCAAGAAAUUGAAUCCUGCCGACGGCAAGAAGGAGCUUUUCCCAGAGCCGCCAGCUAAGAACUCAGCCCAGCCCAUACCUUGAUCUCAGGUUUAUGGUACCCUGAGCAGAGACCCAGUCAGGCCACUCUGGGCGUUGCUCUACAGGACUGUGACAGUACUAAAUGGGUGUUGUUUGUAAGCUGCUCUGUGGCAAAGGGCUAAACAGCCGCAGGAAGCUUGUCUGUCUCCUAAAUGAUCCCUAAGCAGAGAUGAGCUGUGUGUAGGCUCCAAGGUGGGAGCGGGCUCAGUGUGAUCCAGGCAGGCACAGGGGUGUGAGCAGGGGCAGAGGAGGGCCGAGUUCACGGAGGUAGCAGCUGGCUGAUCAGAUAGCAGCCUGUGGGCCUUGUGGAACUUCGGCUUUGCCGAGGGCAUGAGAUGAUAAGGCUUCAGUGAGUUUGGAGCAGGGGAGUGCUAGGAUGUGCCUGCAUUUGAAAAGGGUCACUGGCUGCUCUGAAAAGCAGAGCAAGGGUAGAAACAGACCGGUUAGAAGGCUAUGGGAUAAUUCAGGUGAGAGGUGAUGCCUUAGACCAAGGUUUAGCUCUUGGGUGGUGACAAUAGUUGGAUUUUGGAUUCAUUUGGAAGUUGUCGCCUAACAGAAUUUACUAAAGGAUGAGACAUGCAAUGUUGGGGGGGCGGCAGAGUCAAAGGUGAGUCUCAAUUGUGAACCAAGCAACUGGAAAAAUGGAUUUGCAGUUUAUUGAGAUUGGAAAGAUGGUGAAAGGAACAGAUUUCUGGGGGGGGGGGUGCAGAUUUGAGUCUGGUUUUGGAGAUUUUUAAGUUUGGGGUUCUCAUUGGAUAUCCAAGGCAGAGGUGGGACUCUACCCUCUGCUGGGUUUCUAUUUUUAAAUCAUUUAGCUCCGCCCCUUACCCCAUUUUGAGCUCCCUGUGGUCAAGGAUUUUGUCUUAUAUGGGUUUUUCGAGGGUGUGCAUCGGCCGAGGUGAAUGCGCUGCGGUGUAUGUUGGCUGGGGGAGUGUCCCCCAAACAGAGUUUGUUGGUGCCGGGCUCUAGCUUGCUGGCUCAGUGAAUGGAUAAACCCGCCCAUGGAUUUACACCUGCCCGCGACACCCUCGGGACCCCUACCGCCCUCGGUCAACCUGGAAGACCCCUAUUCCCAAGUCCCAGAGGGCAGCAGGCAGGGCAUCGCCAGGCUCCAGCCCCAGCGGCAGCUCUUGCUGGUCGGAGGGCCUCUGGGCACUUCCCCAUGAAACCUCGGCCGCGGAUCCAUCUCUUGUCCCUUCCCCCGCCUCCCGCGGCCCUUAGGCCAGGUGCGAUCCAGCAGGUGGGAGCCUGGAACUGGCAGGCGGAUCCGGAGCAGUGGGCAAGGUCACUUCGACAGCAGUUGAAUGCCGGACUCCUCUUGGUCCCAGCCGGAGAGGCAUCAUCAGAAGCCCCUGAGUCCUGGCACCCCGUGGGUGUCCGAGACAACGCAGAGCAGCCCCGGGCCGGGCAGGGAAGACAGAGGCCGUUCCUGAAGGCGGUGACCCGGUCAGGGCGGCCUGCAGCGCUGGAGCUCCUGCUAGCGGAGCUCCAAGCUCUGUUCUCAGCGGUGCUGCAGGAUGGCAGCCCCGCAGCUUGGCACUACCUGCAUGCAGUGCUGGGGCUGCUGCCUCCGUAUCGUGCGCUGUUUGUCGGGCACCUCGAUUUGCUGCCUUUCCUGGAGCAUCUGUGCCUCUGGGCACCCUGGAUCCAGUCCCAGCUCCAGCUGGACCUGCUGGGUGCCAUAGACCAGGCCUUUCCUCGGGAUGCCUCUUUGUUAGAGGGCAGUGCCCAUGUUGACUGCUGGCCUCGGAAGCAGAGGUUCCGUGACAGGCCUCCACACCCAGCCUGCCCCUUUGUGCAGGCCCGAGGGGGAGGGCGGCAGGGGGAGGAGGAGUUGGCCACGUGGCUGCGACCACUGACACUGCCCGAGCUACAGCAGGGCCUGGGCAUUGUUGGUGCUGAGGUGGCCCUGGACGAGACCCAGUGGCAAGAUGGCCUCGGCCUCCUGCCCUUGGCACUGGCCACGGACAUCCCUGUACAGUACAAGAGCAGUGACAGCGACAGCACAGAGGAGGGGCCUGGUGGAAGAAGAGAGACCAGGCCUCAGCUUGACUCGGACGUUGGUGGGGAGAGGGCCUCGCGGAAGAGGAGCCCUGGCUGCUUCCCGCGCACCUCCCUCCCGGGGGGCCCGAUGGUGGCCGUUAGGAAGACAGAGAGCCACCCGGAGAGGAUCCACUUCCUCUACCUCAACGUGGCUCCCAGUCGCUACUUUAGGCCCUACAGCCUGGAGGUGGUCCCCGCCGACCAGGUGAAUCCCGAGCACUACAUCUUCUCUCCCUUUGGGAUCCUGCACGUCCACCCCACGGAGGGCACGGAGGCCAUGGCGCUGGGCACCUGGCACCGCCACUCUGUCCUCUGGCAACAGCUCCAGUUCAUUCCAUUCUUCAAGUAUUGCCUCUUACGCAAGGCCUUGGCAUGCUGGAAGAAGGGCGCGAAGUUGCAGAAGCUGCACCGGCACCAGGCUUUCCUGGGGACGCACCUGCUCCUUGCUGUGCCGCACUUCGGAGUCGGGCUGCUCCACAUUAGCAGGCUUCUGCAGGAGCUGCGCUCUGUGUCCUGGUUCCCCCGUGAGGCAGAUCAGUGCUUCGAGCUGCUGGACCUGCAGCGGGCUCUAGCCAGGGAGAACCACAGGGCCCUGCGGCUGCUCCAUCGCUGCCUGCACCUCUGCACAGCCGUCGUGCGUCUGAUUCACGAGGAUACGUACCGCAUGCAACAGGGCUUGCAGGAGCGAGUGAAAAACUGCAGGAGGACAAGGACAGGCCAGGGCUCCGUGUACCUUCAGCGGGUACAGUGCCAGCAGCUGGAGCGGAAGCUGAGGCGGGCAGAGGCCUGGCUGCUGCAGAUGGGGAAGCUGGCCCGCCUGGUAGACUUCAUGAUUUGCCAGACCCUCGUGUCCAUCGUAGAGGAGGAGGUUACCUCUUUUGUGGCCAACAUCCUGCAGGCCCCAAGGCGGAAGCCCUUUCUCUCUGCCCAGCUGGUCUUUGACAGUUGUGGCCAGCUGGCUCACGAGCCCUGCCUUGAAAAUAUGAUCCAGAUUAUGACUGGGGCCCUGAGGUCCAUCGUGGCCUCUGCCCUGAAGGUGAUGCAGUCGCCGGACCCGAAUACGCCCUGGGAUUUCCUGUGUUCUGAGGACGACGACGAUGAGGAGGACUCAGACGCGGAGGUCGUGAUGCCCAGGUUCCAGGGCCAGCCCAGGGAGGCUGUGGACAUGUUCUGCGGCCCGAAUAUAGGAUCCGUGUGGCCCUGGAAGUCCCACACCGUUACCGAAGCCCUGGAGGUCUGCGGGCACCGGCUGCGGGGCCAGUACCUGCCCCCCGAUUAUAAACAGCUGCAAGAGGACCUGGACAACAACCCUCGGAUCCAGCAGGCACUGGCUACACAGCAGGCCCUGCUGGAGGGCAUGCUGCAGGAGGUGCAGGACUUCUGCAGGGACCACCGCUGGAUGGCAGGCAUUUACGAGUUCCUGCGAGCCUGGGGGCCUCAGAAGCUGGAGUCCAUGCGGGGCUGUCCCAUCAAGAACUAUGUGAUGCUGGUGAGCCGCCUGAGUGACUGGCAGACCCGCGUGGCCAGUGUGCCCACGGAGGUGAUCACCAAAGGCAGGUUGCUGCUGCUGAGCUGCCACGAAGUACGGGGCGAGAUGGAGUCCCAGCUGGCGAGCAUCCGGAAGGACAUUCUUGAACAGGUGCAGAGCGAGUGCCAGAGAGGCAGUCAGCAGCUAAUAGCAGAGCUCAGGGAUUUCCUGAAGGCCUUCCAAUCCAUCAGCUCAGACGUCCACGCCAUCGCAUGGUGCUCCCAGAAGCUGAACGAGGCCAACCAGCGGUUCGCGGAGCUGGAGGAGCGAAUGGGAUACGCGCGGUCGCUCUCUGAACUGGUCCGCGACCACUUUGGUCUCUUCAACGCCGAGAACGAGGCGCUGGACGUCUCGGUGAGAAGGCGGCGCGUUCCCCCCCGGGGCCCCGCCCCCGACCCCCGCAGCCGCUCAACUCCCCCCCCCCCCCCGCAGCUUCUGGACGCGUGGGAAUCAUUCCAGUUCGAGAAGAGCCAGGCCUCCGAGUUCCUGCUCAGCAAGGGACAUGCCAUUGUGCCCAAGCUGCAGCAGCUGAUGGUGGCGGCGCUGGCAGAGCUGGAGGGCCUGGUCGAGAAGGCGCUGUCCGGCCCCUUCAUGGACCCUGAGCAGGAGCAGAGGAGCACCGAGCGCCAGCUCAUCUCCCUGGAGCGUCAGUUCCAGAGCACAGCCAGCUACCUCGGCGAACUGCACCAUGCCUAUGCCACCUUCACUGGGGACGAGGGGCCCGUGCCCUUGCCAGUCUGCGGGACCCGUCCGAUCGUUCAGCAGCAGCGCAUCUGGCACCUGUACCGAGUCGUCUCUGAAAACAUCAGCGAGUGGAAGUGCACGGCUUUGGCCAAGUUCAACCUGGCCAUGGCCCAGGAGAGGACAGACGGCUGGCUCACAGAGGCGGCCGGGAUGGGCACAGCCCUCGGGCUGCAUAGCCCGGUGCUGCAGCGCUGCAUGCACGUGCUGGAGGAGUUUCGCAGCCUCCUGCCGCUGCUCAGCAAGCUGGGCAGCCUCCAGCUGCAGAACCUCGACUUCCGAGCCCUCCUGCAAGCCUUAGGACUAGGCCCUCUCCACAACACAGAGCUGCUGACACUGGGCCAGCUGCUCACUUGUCCACUGCUGGAGUUUACAGACCGAAUCAAUAAGAUCUGGCAGUCUGCAAACCAACGGGUUCGUGCCCAAGAGGCCCUGGUGCGGCUGCAGCGGGCCUGGGAAGCGCGGCAGCUGCGGCUGCUCAACUUCAUCCUGCACGUGCCCCCCGAGCCCCCGGCCUCCGAGCGCUCCAGGAAAGCGCUCCGCAGCCCCCAGAGCGAGGUGGUGGCCAAGGACAGUGGCACCUUCAUCCUUUCAGAUUACAGCAGCCUGCAGGACUCCAUCCAGGAAAGUCUUCAGGUGUUGGUCAAGAUCCUGGCCAUCCAGAAGUCGGGAGACUUAAACCGAAGGGCCUUGGAGUGGGUGACCAUCAUGCGUGGCCUGGACGCGCUGCUGCAGGUGUGGGUGACUUUCCAGCAGAAGUGGAUCUUUCUGAACAGAGUUCUGCACGAGAUGAAGACCCCGUUCCCUGGCUCCGACCUGCGCUCCCGUUUCGAGGCCGUGGAUGAGCAGUACCGGGCCCUGAUGCAGGUGUCUGUGGCCGACCCCUUGGUUCUGUCACUCAUCGUGCCCAGUGCCCGGCGGAGCCCUCAUUUCCAAGGGCAGCAGCUGCAGCGAGCGCUGCAGGCCGGCUCCGUGGAGCUGGAGGGCAUCGUGACGGCGCUGGAGAGCGUGCUGUACGGCGUGCGCGCUCGCUGCCCCCGCCUCUUCUUCCUCAGCGACAGUGACCUGGUGGCCCUGCUGUCCGCUCCGCUGGAGCCCUGCGAGGCCCAGCUGUGGGCGCGCCGCUGCUUCCCUCCCGUGCAGGCCGUGAGCUUCAGGUCCCACGAAAUGGCCAAACACACAGGUGCCCAGCAGGCAAGCUCCAGCACGCGGAUUCAGGUGGAGGCCCUGGCGGUGCUGGGGGCCGGUGGGGAGGCGGUGGCGCUGCGGGGGCCCCUCCCUCUGCACCCAGACCUCCCCAAGUGGCUGGCCUCGCUGGAGCGGUGUCUGCGGCUGGCACUGGUGCACACGCUGCAGGACUGUGUGGCUGCCCGCUUGGCUCUGGGCCCGGCCCUGGACAAGGCCUUCAAGCAGCUGCCCCCGCAGAGCCAGCUGCCCCCGCAGCUAUAUGUCCAGCACUGGCUGGACCUGGCACAGGCCUUCCCGUGGCAGUGCGUGCUGGUGGCAGAAGAGGUGGUGUGGCGGGUCGGCACGGAGGAGGCCCUGCUGGAAGGGAAGGCCCAGGCCCUGGUCCCCUGGCACGUGCGCAAGCUCGAGGUGCUGGUGCAUUUCGUGCGGACCCAGAGGGCCUCUCGGGGUGAGCAGCCCCCACCCUCUGUCCGCCAGAGCAGCCUGCUCAGGGCCCUGCUCGUCGUGGCAGUGGCUCACCGGGACAUCGCACAGCUGCUGCAGGAGCACCAGGUCAGCGACCUGGCCGACUUCCACUGGGCCCGCCAACUCAAGUACCACCUGGGUUCACCGCACGCCACCUGCCAAAACCUGCAGGAUCCCACGUCCAGCGCACCUACGAGGACUUCUCUGUCACCAGCUGCGUGCUGGAUAGACGUGCUGGGCCGGUCUGUCUUCUACAACUAUGAGUACCUGGGUCCCAGGCUGGGGCUGCUGCCCAGCCUGCUCCCUGAGCGGCCAGCCCUGGUGCUGCUGCUGGCCCUGGAGGAGGUGGCCUGCGGGGCUCUGCUGGGCCCUGCCGGUGUGGACAAGGCAGCCACGGUGAAGAGCCUGGCACAGGCCCUGGGCCGCCAGCUAGUGGUGCUGCCCUGCUUCCCUCAGAUAGAGGCCCGAAGCCUGAGCCGCUGUCUGCACGGCGCCCUGCAGGGCGGCGCCUGGCUGCUCCUGAGAGCGGCUCAGCACUUGCCCCUCGGCUUGCUCUCUGCCCUGGGCCAGCGCUUGGCUGAACUGCGCCACCUCUACGCCCCACUGUACCAAGAAGCUUCCCGAAACACCAGCACUGUGGACCCCACCCACCCCCAGGUCCUCGGCCGUGGCUUCUUUGAGAAACGCCAGGUGGACCUGCGCCUUGGCUUCGGCUGCCUCCUGACAAUGCGAGCACUGAGCCCCGCCCUGCCUGCCAACCUGCGCCUGCUGCUGCGCCCUGUGGCCUUGGCACUGCCCGACCUGCAGCAAGUGGCAGAGCUGACCCUGCUGGGUGCGGGCAUCCGGGACGCCUCCCGCCUGGCUACCCGCCUAUCCAGAUUCUUCUCCCUAGAGCGGGAGCUGGCAUCUGGGCCCCUGCCCUGCCGCUUGCCACUCCUCAAGCAGGUCCUGGAAGACAUGAUCCAGGCUCUCAGCGCGACGGAGGAGGACCCCGAGUCCGAGCAGGCCCGCAGCCCAGCCGCCGUCGAGGAGGCCACCCUGCUGCAGGCCCUGCAACGCUCCCCACUGUUCAGCGGCCUGGGUGGGGUCUGCCUGCACGACCUCCAAAAGCUGCUCGGUGGGCUCUUCCCCACCGCCAGCCAGGUGCCGGAAGAGCCGCGGAGCCCCAGGCUGAGGAGGUCACUGGUGGUGGAGGAGCUGCGGCAAGGAGGCCUGCACCCCAGCCCUGACAUUCUGGGGUCCCUCGAGCAGCUGGGCCAGGCCCUGGGCCAGGCUGCAGGCGUUCUGCUCCUGGGCCCUGCAGGCAGCGGCAAGACCGCUUGCUGGCACAGCUUAUAUAAGGUCCAGAACAGGCUGGCGGCCAUGGAAGACGCCGCAGCCCAGAGCUGCCGGCCUGUGCAGAUCGCACACCUGUAUCCCAGUGUGCUCAGCCCCCAGGAGUUCCUGGGGUGGCUGGAGGGCCCCUGCUGGCACCACGGCGUCUUCCCGCGUCUGCUCGGGGAAGCCAGUCGCUGCAGGACCGCGGGCCCAGAGGGGCAGGUGCAGGAGUCAGCAGGGAUUCAGCGCUGGAUCGUGUGUGACGGGGCUCCCAGUGCUGCCUGGCUGGACUGCGUCACUUGCCUCCUGGGUGACCCCCCCCAGCUCAGCCUCCCCAGCGGUGAGCGGAUUGCACGGCCCCCGGGUACUCUCCUCUUGAUGGAGGUGGGAGAUGCCACAGGCAUGUCCCCCACGGCGGUGGGCCGCUGUGCCCUCGUCUGGUGUGGCGGGGAGCAGACGUGGCAGGGCAGGCUGGGCGUCCUGAUGGCAGCUCUGCCCCGUGAGUACCGACUACAGCUCCAGACCAUCACGGAGCUCAACCACCUGGCUGACGUGCUGGUACCUGCCACAUUCCGAUUCCUCACCUGCCAGGGUGCCAGUUCUGUGCUGCAGGUACACGGGCGGCAGGCCAUUUCCCCGGGGGUGGCGGAAGUCGCCAGCCUGGCCCGCAUCUUGCGUUGUCUGCUUGACCCACACCUGCGCGGAGACGAGGAGGCCAAGGCACACGUCCCAGAGGACCUCAGCUGUAGUGACCCUGUGGCCCGAAGCUUCAGGUCCUCGAAGAGCGUCUUUCGGACCCGGAACCAGGCCGACAGCGAAGCUGUGACGAAUAAGCGCAGGGAGCACCUGCUGGCCGUCAGCAGCUUCCUCUUUGCUUUGAUCUGGGGCUUUGGAGCCCACCUUCCCUGCAGGCUCUGGCCCCGCUUUGAUGCCUUCAUGAGAGAUUCCAUCAGCUGCCUGUCCGACUACCCGGAGCCACCACCCUCAGCCUCGGUGUUUGACCUCCAUGUGUGCCCUGAGGAUGGGACGCUGGUCCCCUUCACCGGCCAGUACCUGGGCAGCCACAUCAAGGGAGCUCCGGGCACCUUCCAUCCUUCCCCCCAGACCGAACGGCUCUUGUACGUGGUGGACCUGCUCCUGUCAGAGGGGCACCCGGUGCUGCUGGCUGGAGAGGCAGCAACAGGGAAGUCGGCCUUUGUGGAGGCGCUAGUGGAGCCACAGCACCCGUACACGUGCAGCCCCAUCCACCCGGCCGUCAGGACCACCCACCUCCGCCUCCUGCUGAGCCAAGGGGUCCAGGGCCCACCGCAGGCCAGCCCAUGGCCUGCGCAGCAGGAUUCUAAGGGCUGCAUCCUCUUCCUGCUGGAAGAUCUGCACCUGGCUGCUUCCGACCCGGAGCAGAGCUGUCAGCCGGUGCUGGAGACCCUGCGCCAGGCCAUGGCCGGCACGGUGUACGCCCACGACACCUUGGAGCUGCAGACGCUGCAGCCCGGGCUCAACUUCCUUGCCACAGCCACGGUGCCAGGCUUCUGCGAGCGCCCGCUGUGCCCGCGCCUCUCUCGACUCUUCACGGUGCUGGCCCUGGGCAGCAUGACCCAGGCCACACUGCUGGGCAGGCACGCGCCCGGCAUCCAGGCCUGGCUCGAGCGCUUCUCCUCCAUGGAGCGGCAGGGCCUUCUAGCGAAAGCCCUGGUUCAGGCCUCGGUGGGCGCCUGGGAGGCCGUGGGCCGCUGCUUCCUGCCCUCGCCCCUCCGCCCACACUACCGCUUCUCUCCGCACUCCGUGGGCCAGCUGCUGGGCAGCCUGCAGCUGCUGCCCAGCAGGGCGGGCUCCCGGGGUCCGGUGGACUGUCCCAGCCACCAGGAGCACUUGCGCCGAGUGUCCGGCCUCCGGGGCACCCGCCUGGCGAUCGCCAUGGCCACACGCAAUAUUGUGCGCCUUUGGUUGCACGAGGCCCAGAGGACCUUCUGCGACCGGCUGGACAGCCCCGGGGAACGCUCCUUCUGUGCCACCCUGCUCCUAGAGGUCGCGCAGAGCGUCUUCUGCGGUGGGCCGGCGCCCCAGAGCCUGGACCAGGGCUGCGAGGAGGAGGAGGAGGAGGAGGAAGAGGAAGAGAAGGUGCCCGAAGUGGAAUCUGAAGGGGAGCUGGCCCCGUGGGAGGACCUGAGCAGCAGCGGCAGUGAGACGGAGGGGGACGACGACCCGAGGGGCCUUGAAGUCCCCGCAGGCCCGCCGCCCAGUGACGCGGCAUCACCCGCAGCGCCGGGAAAGGAGCCCACGGACAGCCUCCAUCAGAAGCCAGGCCGGGAGGAAGGCAGUGGGGCCUCCAGCCGCAGACUCCAGCCGAAUAAAUCCAAGAGCUGGUGGCAGAAGGCCACUCAGAUAGACCUGAUCUCACCCCUGUUGCUACCAGUGCUCCUACUCCGUCCCCAGGAAAAGCCCUCGGACCUGGUCUUCAGUCGGGAGCUGAUGGUGGGGUCUGACUCGGAGAGCUCCAGCUUGUACCUGGAGCGCCCCUGGGAGAGCCUGGAGGAGCAGCUGGCCACCUCGGCCGCUCGGCUGCAGCUGAGCCCCCACCUCGCCCGGUGCCGCUCGAUGGCCCAGCAUGUGGCCCGCCUGGUCCGGGUGCUGGCCAGGCCCCGGCAGCAUGGUCUCCUGCUCUCGGGGGCUCAGAGCACUGGGCGCCGUGCUGCCAUCACUCUGGCUGCUGGUAUUUGCCAGGCCCGCCUCUUCCACCUGCCAUCUGGGCCAGAGGGGGCCGUGCUCCAGUGUCUGCGGGACGCCAGCUGGCAUGCGGGCGUGUUCGGCCAGCCGGUGGCCCUGCUGGUGCCCGAGGAUGUGGAUCCGACCAGCCUUCAUCGUCUGGUGGCCCUGGCCACCUCGGGCUCGUUCCCUGACCAGUACACGGAGGCGGACCUGGACCGCAUGGAAGAGCAUCUCCCUGGAGAGAACCUCGGUGCCAAGCAGAACAGCAGGAAGGAAGGGCUGUUGCAGAGGUUCUACCAGCAAGUGUGCAGCCACCUGCACCUGUUCGUCCUGCUGGGCGAUGCCCAGGCCCAGAGACAGCUGCCCUCCACCCUUUUCCUGAGGCUCCUGCAGCUGGCCGUGGCCAGCACGGACCGCUAUGAACCCUGGGACCAAGAUUCCCUGGUCAGCGUGGCCCGGCACCGCCUAGAGGGUGCCCAGAGCCCACGCUUUGAGGACGACUCCUUGAAGCACCCGAACCUCCAGGCCUCAAUUCCCAGCGUGGCCAAAGCCAUGGCUCUCAUCCACCUCUCGGCCGCCAGCUACCAGGGGCACCUGUGUCCUGACCUGGCACUCGUCACCCCCAAGACCUUCCUGGACUUCCUGGACACCUUCGUGCUGCUGCAGCGACAGAUGGCCCUGCGGCUAGAAGACAAGGCCCGGCGGAUCCAGAACGCCCUGGAGAACCUUUGGGUGCUGACAGAACAGCACAGCGCCCAGGCCGACCUGAUCUGCAGCUUGGAGCAGCGGCUGAAGGGCUCCCGCAAGAGCCUGGGCGAAGUGCAGCAUCAGCUGGAGCAGAGCAAGCUGCUGUACAAGCGGCAGCUGCAGGAGUGUCGGCAGCAGGAGCACUUCCUUGGCAACCUGACCAAGCAGCACGAUGCCCUGCGGACUCAGCACGAGGCCUUCCUGGAGCAGAUGGGCAAGGCGUUUCUGGGGCCCCUGAGCCAGCUGCAGGUGACUGACUUUGAGGAGAUUCGGAGCUACCGAGCACCCCCAGAGGCUGUGGUCCAGGUGACCGAUGCUCUGUGUGACCUCUUCCACCGCGAAACGGGCUGGGCCAGUGCCAAGCAGCUGUUGGGCACUCAGGACUUCUAUCAGGAGCUGGUGUUCUUUCCCAAAGAGAAGAUGACCGACUCGGAGAUGGUGAAGCUAAACCGAGCUCUGAAGGCUCCAGGUAUGAGCGACGCAGCCUUGGGGGCGGUGAGCGUACCUGCUGCCCGCCUGGCAGCCUGGCUCUGGGCGGUUCUGUGCUACGGGCUGGCACGGCGCCGAGGGCUGGCCACGGGCCUGCUGCUGCGGCAGGUGGAGGCCACCCUGGCUCGGGAGCAGGCCCGCCUGGGCCACUGCCAGUUCCAGGCCCAGGCGGUGCUAGAGCACAGUUCGGCCCUGACCAAGAAGCUGGAGGAGGCCCAGGCUGCCUACGGGCACGUGGGAGAGAUGCUCCGUCGGGCGCAGAGCGGCCGCUGUUGCAAGUGGUCCAUCAAGGCCGCACUCUUCACACCAGUGCAUUCCUGGACCACAGAGCUCCAGAAACUGAAGAGACACCUCACAACCGUGCUCGGCGAUGCCCUCCUGUGUUCCGCUGCCAUCAGCUACCUGGGUCCCUUCCCAGUGGCGCGGCGACAGGAGCUGCUGGACAAGUGGCUGGCUCUCUGCAGGGGCUGUCCGGAGCCCCUGGGCCCUGAUGACGUGGCCCAGGCGCUGAAGCACGUGCAGCAACCGGUCACUAAGCCGCCCAGGAGCCCCCUGCUGUCCACACGCUCUCCCUUCAGCCUCCUGUCCUCACUGAGCUCAGAAUCGGAACAGUUCCAGUGGGACCGAGCGCUGAAGCCCCAGGCAAAGUCAGCCCGCCUGGCAGCGCUGCUCCUACGAAGCCGCACGCACUACUCCAGCUGUCGCUGGCCCCUGCUGCUGGACCCCAGCCACCAGGCCCCCAUCUGGCUGAACCCGCUGCCUCCAGAGGAGGCUGGAUGCUUGGCCCCAGGUACCCGUGGGGGCAGAGGGAAGGGCUUCCAGAAAGAUCAGGCAGAGGAGGCCCAAGAGGAGGCCCUGGAGGAGGAAGGUGAUAGCAGCACUGAGUGUGCUGAGACGCAAGAGCCGAAGGCGGAGGAGAGCGAGACCCAGGAGGAGGGGGACGAGGAGGAGCAGGAGCAGCAGCAGGAGGAGGAGGAGGAUGGGGAGGAGGCGGGGAGGCAGGAGACUGAGCCCCUGUCGCCUCCCCGCCUCCUCCUCGUCAUCUCAGGAGCUGACCCGGAGCUGGGGCCUCGGCUCCAGGAGGCCGCUGCUGGUGGCCUGCCCGUGCUGCUGACCAAUGUGGAGCUGGGCCUGGGCUGCCCAGAGCUGCAGUGGCUGCUGCGGCGGCGGGAAGAGCUGAGCCCACCCGACGUGCAGCCCGGCUUCUGUCUCUAUUUGAGCACCAGCCUCCCUCUUGGAGCCCUGGGAAAAGCACUAGGCUGUGAACGGCUGAAGGGGCUGAAUGUGCUGGACCUGGGCACGAACAUGGAAAUCCUAGAAGAACAGAUGCUGCGUGAAAUCUUGUGCAUAGAGCGUCCUGAGCUGCAGAGCUACUGGCAGGACCUGCAGAUCCGAUUCCUGGACGCCUGGGAAGCUCUGGAGGCUGCUGAGCAGCGGCUGCUGACGAUGCUGCUGCUCCAGAGCCCAGCGCAUCAGAGACCAGCCAGGUUCCUGCGGCACAUGGUGAGAGCCCAGGCGCGGCUGUGUCGGCUGCGUGCCCACUUUGAGGAGCUGGAAGAGCAGAGGCUGCAGGCUGUGGCACUGUGGGCACCAUAUCGGCAUGUGGCCCGGCAUGGCAUGGCCAUUGUCAAGGCCCUCAGCCCACUGCAGAACCUGCUACCGCUCUUCCGGAUGAGCCCCGAGGACUGCCUGGCAGCCACCAGGCGGGCUCUGAACAGCGUGAAGGGUGAGAUUCAUGAGCAGGAGGAACUUCGCUGCCACCUGCUGCAGCUGAAAAGACAGCUGACCCACCAGCUCCUGGGCAGCACUGUCGCUACCCUGGGCCGGACCCAAGUGCCCUUGGUGGGCGCCUUGGGUGCCUUGGCUCUGCUUCAGGCGUCAAGGAAGGCACCAGAGCUCGAGAGGCUGGCGUUCUGGCCUGGCUUGGCAGCCUCUCCCAGCACAGGCUACGGAAAGUCAGUCUCAGGCGUGGCUCGACCAGCCUGGCUGGGGCUGCGGGCCUGGCACCAGUGUAAGGUCUUGGAGCUGCUGCCCCCAUUUGCAGGGCUGUGCGCAUCCUUGGCCAACCACGCCAGCGCCUGGCAGGCUUACCUGUCGCUGUCAUCCACAGUGCUGGGUCCUGCACCCGGGCCUGGGACAGACCCACUCAGCCUCCUCCAGAAGCUGAUCCUGUGGCGUGUGCUGCGACCUGAGCGCCUGGCCAGCGCCCUGGCAGCCUGCGCCACCAGCCUGCUGGGCCGGCCCCUGGAUGAAAACCUGGGUGCCCCCACCAUACCCUUUACACGUAGUCAGGCCACGCAGCCCGUGCUGAUCUUGUUGCCACCAGCUGGUCACCCCACGGCCGCCCUGCAUCCCCUGACUGCCCUCCAGGAACUGGCUGCCACAGAGGAGCAGGGGCAGAGGCAUCUGGAGGUGAUCGCUCUGGGCUCUGAGGCCUGGGACCCCAUCUCAGCCGUGGUCGGCAGUCUCUGCCAGGCUAUGCACAAGGGGCACUGGCUGGUGCUAGAGAACUGCCACCUGAUGCCACACUGGCCCAAAGAGCUGCUACAGCCCUUGCUGGGGCUGUUGGACGGAGCCAAGGUGGUUUCGGACCUGGAGUUAGAAUUGCUUUUAGCUCAACAAGCAAGCAGGAGUGUGACCGCUGUCCACAGAGACUUCCGUCUCUGGCUUAUUGUGCCUGCAGAGGCUACCGCUUCCUUGCCAGCCGUGCUGACUCAGCACUCCAUGCCUGUUUUCUGGGACCAGUCCCUGGAGCUGGGCCACGUCUUGGUCGACAGCGUGGAGCUGGCCCAGCAAGGACCCUGGAUGCAGCCCCCAACCAGAGCGCUGCCUCUGCUCCUCCUGCACGGCCUCCUGCUGCACAGGCAGCUCUACGGGGCGAAGCUGCAGGCCCACAGGGGGCGCUGGACUCAAGAGACCGUGACCCAGGUCCUUCAGAUGCAGAGCCAGCUGGCGGCCAGCCUUAGCAAUCCCAGCGCUGCCAUGCGGGAGCUGGCCGCUUCGGUUUUCUACGGGGGUCCCGUGGGAGAUGACAAGGACAGGGAGGCCCUGGUUAGCCUCACGCAAGCCUGCCUGAGCCCCAGCAGCGGGAAUUGGGCCACUCUGAUGCCCAGCCCAGAACUAGGGGAGCUGGACGCUCUGGAAGAGUGCAAGGCCCAGAUGCGCCUCCUGCCCACCCCUGCCGACCCCGGGCCCUGCGGACUGAGUGCUGGCCCCCACAGCUGGCUCUUGCGACGCCAGAGUCGCGCUCUCCUGGGCGCGCUGCAGCGGACCUCGUCCGCCUGGGUUCCCGCGGCCCGCGGGGGCUCCGGGCGCCCCGAGAGGCGGCUGCGGCAACGCCUGGUGCACGCCAGGCGGAGGCUGGAGUCGCUGCAGGCCCUGCUGGGCGCGGCCUCGCGCCCAGAGGAGGGCGGCGGGGGGUGGCUGAGCGCGCCGCGGCCGCUGGACGGCUUCCUGCGGGCCGAGGCGCUGGAGCUGGGCCGGCUGGCGGGCGCGCUGCAGAGGGACCUCGACUGCCUGCGGCAGCAGCUGCAGGGCGCGCCGCCGUGCGCCUCCCCGCGCUGCGCGGCCGUGGCCCGCGCCCUCUGGACCGGCCGCCUGCCCCCGCCCUGGCGACCGCACGCGCCUGCCGGGCCCCAGCCGCCCUGGCUCUGGCUGCGACAGCUGUCGCGCCGCGGGCAGCUGUUGGCUCGCUACCUGCGGGUGGGAACCCAAGCACCGGAGCGCGUCUUUCACCUGUCAGCCUUCUGCCACCCGCGCCGCCUGCUGCUGUCACUGCGAUGGGAGGCUGCCUUUUCCGCGGUCGCCCUGGCGCGUCAACCUGGCUGCCCCGGCCCGGGCGCCUUUCAGUCCCCCGAUAAGCGUCAGGAGCUGAACACCGCGCUGCACCUCCAGGUAUCUUCCGGCCCGAAUCCCAGGGCACCAGAGAUGGGGGUGCUCCUGAUUGGGCUACAGCUGCGGAACGCUGAGUGGGACCCGCUAGCAGGGGCCUUGCAGGACAGUCCCUCCGGCCAACCCAGCCCUCUGCCUCCGGUCAGCGUCAGCGCCCUGGCCCCGGGGGCUAAUGAGCUGCGACACCCAGCCGGCCUGGCUGUGUAUUCCUGUCCUGUGUACAUGGAAGGGCCCCUCGGUACCACUAGGCUGCACAGCAGCAAGAUCCUGAUGCACCUGCCGCUGCCCACCAAGCUCAGCCCCGCCACCUGCGCGCAGCGGAGGGUCCAUGUGUGCAGUCCGCCCCUGCCCUGAGCCCUCUGCCCAAAUAAAGGUGGAGGGAGCCGAUGAAAGGUGUCUGAGGCUCAGGAGGAAUGGAGGGUGCCUGCACACCAAGAACAGGACACGCUGAGGGGGAAGGCAGCAGAGAGGCCUGCUGACAAUGAAGGCAGAAGAGGGUGUGUGCUGGGGCGGGGUAACACACAGGACCUCGCCUGUGCUCUCAGCACUUGUGCUAGACCCACAAGGAAUAUUUAAAGGGGCUUCGGAAUUCGAUGACUUCUUCAGGCACUUAGCAGUAUCACUGGGAAUGCCUCGGCCCUGCCCGGCCAGGCAUCCCCUCCCCCAGGAUGGAUUCUCUGAAUGGGUCCUACACACAAAAACAAAAGCAAAAUAAGGCACAAGGUCCUACGUUCAUUCGACGAAGAUUUACGAGCAGUCCUCCCAACCAGGUGCUCUCCCAGGCCCCGAUGAGGUUGCCCUAAUGCCGGGAGACAGACGAUAAAAGGCCAACAUAUAAUGAGUUAAAUCUGAUGAUUUCUAAGAUCCCUAUAAAGAAAAAGCAGGCGGGUGUGUCAGAGUCACCAGAGGAGAGCAGUUCCUCGCGUGUGGUGGUCAGGGAAGGCUUGGCGAGUAUUCGAAAGGGAGCUACUUGAAGAUCUAGGAGGCUUUCAGGUAAAGCCUCGGGAGGUGCAAAGGUCUGAGGCAGGAAGAACCUUGGGGUGUUCAAGGGACAGAACAGGUGGCUGGAGCACUGAGUGAGGGGCAGAGGGGGCCCAAAGAAUGGAAAGGUCUGGAGCCUUUUCAUGACAGGAGCUUGUACUUUAUAAAAGCAUGAGGCGGACUCUACUGGAGAGUAUUCAACGGGAAAUGAUCUUUUUCCAAGAUCACACUGGCUUUUCGAUGGUAGGAUGCAUGGAUGGAAGGAAAUCCAGAGAAACAGGGAGGAAGAUGCGUUGGGAGGCUACUGAAGCAGUUCAGUAGAGAUGGUGGAGUUUGGACGAGGGUCCUACGCUGGCGAUGGAGAAGGGGUGGAUUUAGGAGGUACUCCGGAGGCGGAGCCAGCAGAGCUGGCGGAUGGACUGGAUGGGGAAGCGUGAGGAAAGAGGGCAAAUCUAGGAUGACUCCUGGAUUUUAAGCCGGAGCAGCUGCAUGGAUCACGGUGUCCCUGAGUGAGGGGGGAUCGGGAGCUCUGCUUCCACAUGUUCAGUUACUGUUCAUCGCGUGGCUGCGGCUACCACAGGGCAAACCUCUCUGAGAAAAGCCAGUUAGAAGACAGCAGCGCGAAAAGCCAACUCUACUGGCUCCUGUCCUUGCCGCCCAAAGGUACGGGGUACAAGUCCCUUCCCUCGCUGUGUACGCGGUGGGAGGAAAUGCAGACAACGAGGUGGGCUGAGCAUCCGUCACAGCCUCGUCACAAAGUCGCUCCCCUGGCUCCUAAACGGCGACUGAUGGCCUCUAGCAACGGCAGAGACACCGAAGCGUCCCCUUUCCUCAGGAACCCUCCUCUUUCUUUUCCACUGUCAACCAAGCGCCAGGCUGCUCCUCGCGGCGGGGCUUAGUGCGGGGUCAGGACGGCCUUUGGGAUACACGAGCCCUCUGUCCACGUUCCCAUCGCGACUCUCUCCCCCGUGGGAACAGGGAACAGUAGUGGGUUGCGAGUAAAGCCGUCUGAAAUUGGUUAAUACCCAAUAUUUUCGACACACCCA